AAGCAAAAUGGAGUCGAAGUUAGAAAAACCAAACUGCGAUGAAAAUAAAUCAGUCAAAGUGUUGAAAGGUGCAACAGAUCUCCAGAGAUUAAAGCUCGAAAAGUUGAUGAAAAACCCGAAUAAAGAAGCAUUCAUACCUGAAAAAUCGAAAGAGAAAGAACCCAGAGCACCCCAUGAAUUCAUCAGGAAUGUUUGGGGAUCCAGUGCAGGGGCUGGCAGUGGGGAUUUCCAUGUUUACAGAGGAGUCAGGCGGAGAGAGUACGCUAGGCAGAAGUUCAUCAACGAGAAGGCAGAAAGGAUGGAAAAGGAUGCAGAAUUUCACAAAAAGGUAGAGGAAAAUCAAAAAGCAGCAGACGAAAGGACAGCUAAGAAGAGGGCAAAAAGAAAUAAAAAGAAACAGAGACAGAAAGCAAAGAAGAGCAGAGCUACUGGAGAGAAAGAGGAAAACAAGAGUGAGGAGGAAGAUGAGGAUAGUGAUGAGGAAGAAGAUGGAAAGAAGGAGGAAGAAGAUGGAGGAAGUAAAGAAUCAGAUAAACAGCUCACAGGCUCUAAAGACAUUAAUGGGGAAGACAAGGACUUUACUAAUGGGGAAGACAAUCGGUGACAAAACAUUCUCAUUGUUUGUGAUCACCUGAGAAUGAAUGAUUGCUAAUGUUAAUGUCUUGUGAUAUACAGUUGAUCUUUUUUCAUUCUUGUCGGGUGGAUAUUACUCGAAAGAAAUUAUUUAUUUUGAGAAAUAUUGACGUGAAUUCAAAUGAAAAAAAUUGAAUCAAACAAGAGUCUGGAAAUUGAUUACAGAAGAUUGUGAAAUAACAGAUAUCAGUUGAUAUGCUCUGUAAGCAGGACUUUAUCUACUACUUAAAUAUUGUGGAAAAAAUGCUUAGGAAUCAUUUGUAGCAAAGUUUACAUUUGUAACAAUACUGAUGCAAUAUAAUUCACAUAAUUUUUAUUGUUGGGAAAAAAUGCAGAGUUUGUAAGUUUCAUUAAUCUUUUGUGCCAGAAAGCUUGACUACAUUGGUGUUAAAUGUGCCUGUACAUGCCUGCAUUUUUAUUACAUAGAAUUAAAUUAUGAUUUGCCUUCUCUAAUAUCAAGAAUGAACUUGAAUUAAAGAUUGAUAAUUGAAGGAAAAUUCCUAUUAAAAAGAUUAAAAUUGUGUUUGAAAAGGCAAGAAUUUAAAACUAAAAGUGUGGUGCAAGGUGGAUUUGAACCACGACUCCAAAAAGUACAUGUAACUGUUUUAUGAAGAGUCAGUGGUUUAACCAUUUGAGGAAUUCUGACUAUUAAAAGUAGAAUAUACAUGUA